AGUGAAUAAAAAAUAGCUAGCCAAUGAAAUCGAAAAGGAAAUUCCGUUGAAUUUACUAAGCCUUCAUGUCGGCCAUUGGUCCCACGAACUGUUUUGGCCGUAACAAAAAUGACUAGUCACCGAAUUGGUGUGAACCUUAGGGUUUCAGGAAAUUGUGAUCAGGGUGCUAGAAAGUAUAUGGAAGACAAUCAUGUAAUAAAAUUUCUUAAAAAGGACACGGAUGAUUAUGAGUUUGCAUACUUUGGGAUUUUCGACGGACACGGAGGCCCUGAAGCAUCAGCUUUUUGUAGAGACAACCUUCUCAACGAAAUAACUAAAUAUGAUGGAUUUUGGACUGACGAUGACGAUCAAGUUUUGGCUGCUAUUAGAAAAGGUUUUCUCGAUACUCAUCAUGCCAUGUGGAAUGUACUAGGUAAGCGUAAUUAUCUUAUUUUAUAACAAAAAUUACACGGUAAACUUUGAAACCGCUUAAACUUAAGGCUUAAGUUAAGAAGUACUGCUGUUAUGUAGUGCUAGUCUAGACCUAGACCAAGCAAAUGUUUUAGAAUUUAGUUGAUCUAGACUAGAGUAAUUUACGUUUCAAUAUAGUUCACUUAACUAUCGUGUAGUAAUUGUACUUUAUUUCAUUACAUUCAUUUAAUAAAUAGUGGCUGUUUUGAAUUAAACAAAAAUCAAAAUACAAUGACUGAUACUGAUACAUUUUUAGGCGAGGAAAACCGCGGUAAUCGAACCCAAGUUUAACUGUACCUCAGUGCUAUAAAUAGACUACGCCCUACGCUCUACAGCCAGGGACAACAACCUUGCCGCUUGUGUGUGUAAAAAAUCUCGCGGCUUUGUUACAUUUGAAAACGGAUCUUUCCCGUUUACUUUAGCCUGCUUUAAUUUUAAUAAUAUUUAAUAAUAUCUGUUUACUUUUACCCUUUAGACUUAAGACAGAUUAGGCCCAUUCUUGACAGAGUUUUUUUUUUAUUUUGGUCUGGAGGGAUGGCAUUUUAAGUUUUUGUAGUCAUUCAUUAAAAAAUAAACUCCCUUUUGCAGAUCCUAAAUUAUUAUUUUAAUUUUACAAAUUUCCCCAUGGCUGGCACUAUUCACUAUAUAUAUUGAGUUGUGUGAUCAAACAAUCUCAUUAAAACAAUCAGGUCUAUAAUUAUUAUAAUUAUAUGACUCAUGACUAAAUUGAGACUAUAUAGACUAUACACUGCUACUAUCAGUUCUAGUAUUUUUGUGGGAAGAUUUAUUUCAAGCUUUACUUUAACUGUAAGGGAUUAAAUUCUUCUUAUUAUUUAACAACCAUAUUCACACAGUGUAACUACUUAGUUCCUCUGUGACUUGUGAGACAUAUUUUAUGACAGAAGCUAUUUAUUGAUUUUGGGGAUUAUGAAGGUUCUUUUAAAAUUGUAUUAUUGUAUUUGUUUGAAAUUUCUUUCUUUCAUAUUCCCUUCUAAUAGAUUCCUGGCCCAAGACUGUGACAGGACUACCUAGCACUGCUGGCACAACAGCUACUAUAGCAAUUAUUAAACAGGGGAAACUCUACACUGGGCAUGUUGGGGACUCAGCUCUUGUUCUUGGGGAAAAUGAUGAAUAUGGUGGAGGAAAUCCUGUCCAGGCUAUUUGUAUAACAAAGGUUAGUUUUAAAAUAAAAGACUGUUAAAUAAAAAAAAUAUAUAAUUUAAAGAUUAAAAAAUUUAAAGGAAGUUACAUUGUAUUUUCUUUUAAAUUAUACUUAUAUAAAUGUAUUUUUAAUGGUUAAUAAUGGUUAAUUCUUAAAAUACUGUUUAUUCCGUUAGGAACACAAACCAGAUGAUCCUGAUGAACGUUUACGCAUAGAGGAUGCUGGUGGGGAAGUUAUAAAUAAAAGUGGCGUACCCCGUGUAGUGUGGAGCAGACCAAAAACAAACCAUAAAGGGCCUGUGCGUAGAAGUACUCAAAUUGAUCAGAUUCCAUUUUUGGCUGUUGCCAGGUCUCUAGGUAGGAUCUCAAGACUUAAAAAGCAUGCAUAAUAUUAUUGUAUGUUAUUGAGAAUGCUGGAAAAUUUCUUUUAGGAUAUAAAAUGUAAAUGUAAUAGUCAAUAUACAAUAAGUGUUAGAUUUCAAAUAAUAAUUCUCAAAUUUAUGCAUUGAAUUUGUAAUUAGAGAUGAGGUGAUUCUUAUAAAAACAGAUACUAAUAUACAACUGAGCUACAAAUAGUGGUAUAAAAAAAUACAGAAUGUUAACAAAAUAUAGUUUGAUAUGUACAAGUGUUAUAAUUUUAAAAAAUCAUAUACCAGGUGACUUGUGGAGCUAUGACUAUUACACUGAAACAUAUGUUGUGUCACCUGAUCCGGAUAUUGCUGUCCUUAAAUUGGAUCCUAACAAGCACCGCUGCCUAAUUUUGGCCUCAGAUGGCUUAUGGAAUAUGCUAACACCAGAAGAGUCUGUCAACAUGGUCAUGGAUCUUGAAGCUCAAUUCGAACAAAAAAUUAUAAAUGAUCCAGUAAGUAUUUCAACGGUCAACUAUGUAUUUUUGCCCAUAACCAGAAUAUGAAAUCACGUUUUAUCAUGUGCUAAUGUACACAAAAUAUAUGAAUAAUUUGUAGCUUGUCUUAAUAUUUUUAUGUAUUGAAGUUGAAGGUUUAGAUAUAGGUUUUAUGUUAACAAUAAAAUCAACACUGAAUAUAACACCAAUGAUACAGUGUACAAACAAAGACAAAAAAGUUUUUAAUUUUCUAAAAUAUUUUCUUUUAUUCCUUAGAAUGUUGCAGUCAGUUUCUGGAGUAACCCUGCCGAACGUCUUGUGUCAAGAGCACUGAAUAAAUGGCGAUCUAAAGCCUUGAAAGCUGACAACACAUCUUGUGUAGUAGUUCUCAUUGACCCGCUUGGACCGUCAAAACUAACAUUACUUAAACGAAAGCGACAAGAAUUGUUGUCAGGUGGAGAAAUCACUAACUGUCAGUUGAAUAAAGUACCACGGCUUCCAGAUGAACAGAGGGUUAAGUCCCGCAAUAAAAAUGCCAACUGCAGCUUGAGUGACAGUCAUAUUCGAGUGACGGAUGAUUCCAUUAUUCAGCCUGUUGACCGAGAACCGAAUGUGCUUAGGCGUUCAUUUAUUGUUGGUGCAAAGUCAGGGGCUAUAGAAAAUAGCUGCAAUGAAAGUAUUAAUGAUAGUGUACAAUAUAUACCAAAAUCAUCUGUUAAAUGGAACCUCAGGCACUCUGUUGAUAGUGCAAAGAUUGAGUCCUUAAAUGCCAGUAAUUUAAAAACUAAUGAUCACUAUUUACGGAGAAUUCCACCUCAUCCUAGUGUCCAACGCCAAAGUUUGACCAACCUGUAUUCAACUGAAAGUCAAAACCAUAAAGAUGGUCCUGUUUAUACCAAACUCUUGAACAAUAAAGCACUUGCUCGUGGGAGUGAGGAUGGAAAACUGAAAAAACCUUGGGAACUUGUGCACGAAAUGGGAGUUGAGAGUAAAACAAAGAAAGAUGGUAUCGAUCACUUCAAAGAUUAUGAUAUUGAAGUAGAGGCAGAUUCUGACUCAUUAGAAAAAACAAUACCACAGCCACCACCUUGUACUCCUUGUUCGGAUGCUAAAGAAAUUGAUAGAGGUAAUGAGAGUGAUGGAGAAAAUUCAUUACAGAGCUCUGCUGACAUCACCAAUAAAGCAUUUUCCCUUGCUUCAGAUGAAAGCAUUGAAUCUCCUAGCUCAGGAGAUGAUAACCAGCCACCAACACCUCGUAGUGCUCCAGCUAAGCUAUCCUCUUCAAAGAACAAAAGGGGACAUAUUUCUAAAAGCGUUAAGCGAAAGUUGGCACGAUCUGGAAGAAAAUUGCAGCAUCCACUCCGCCCACCAACUAACAUCAGACCUCAUCAGAUGUCCCCUCCUAGACUAGCCUCUCCUCCCAAGCGUGUUCUCAAUACCUCAAAAAGUAUGAACGAUGUUGCCACACCAAAGAAUCUUAGGGAGGUAACCAGAACAAUUUCGUGUACUGGGUUAACUCCUGAGAUGAGCAUGCUUUUGUCCAAAAGAAGCAAACAAGCCAUUAACUCCACACACGAUGCAUGUACUGGUACCAGUGACAUCACCACUCACCUGUUAUCCUCGUUAAUGGCAGCUGAUAUGGCCAAUGUUAGGUCUGGCUCGACUUUAAGGUCAAGACAUGAUGCAAGCACUAUUGUUGAUGAAUUUGAUGAUGCUUGUUUGUCAUCUAUCUCACAAGCAGAUCACCUCAAACAGCUUAACAAAACAGGACCAAUUAAAAAAUCUGGGUCGAAGCGUUGGGGAAAUUUCUUGCGAGCAUCCAAACUCGGUAUUGAUAACAUGUUCCAUCGUAAAGAAUCGGGGCCAUGUAAACUCACUACAACAUCAACUGGCAAACUAGAGCGCAGCAUUUCAAAGCCAGUUCACAGUAAGAACACAUCUGUUUCAACUUCCAGGAUUGCAGAUUUAGCCCUGUCUAAUAAUCUGCCCGAUAUAACUGUCAGUCAUUUUGCAGAUUUAACUGUGGAUGUAUCAACACUAACUGCUGGGGAUCUGACUACACUAUCUGCUGAUGACAGCAUGCUUUCAGCUGCAGAUUUAACCAUGGCACAUCAUAGUAUGCUUGAGGAUGGUCUUCAAGGCAAGGUUAUUAAAAGCAGGAAAGGGUUUCUUCAGAAAACCAGAGUCACACUUCGGCGAGCACGUAAAGCAGCUAAAAAGGCUUUCUUUCCUGAAAAUCAUAGGCUGUUUAGUCAAAAGUCCUCUGGAUCCAAAAGGAAAAGUGAUGAGUUCUUACCUGCGUCUGACAUGAAACGGCGCAGACAGUUAGAAGUUGAAAAAGUAUAAAAUAAAAGUAAUGUUAUGUCAUUCACUCAGCAGAAGAAAAAUUGAUUUUAAAACUACAUUUAGCUGAUGACUGGAUUGUGUCAAUAGUAUAAGCAGCAAAUAUUAUCAUAUUCAUUUUAAACAACAGAUUUAAAUGUUGGGAUUUUUACAUUUUAUUAGAGGGCAUGAGACUCAUUGUCGAAUUAACGCAUUCACUAUAGAAGGAGAAUGUUAAUUAAAUAUAAGUUCAUCACAUAUUCAAAAUGAAAUAAAAAUUGUCAUUUUACAUUUUUAAUACUGUUUUGUGCAAUACAGGUCAAGUAAAGACAACUUGAUUAUUUUUUUCUACUAAUUUUAGUUUAAACUUGUCUUUCAUUUUCACUAGUUCCGUUGAUUUUUUAAAAAGAUCUAAAGAAUUGAUGCAGCAAGUUUUGAAAGAUGUUAAGACUUAAUUUUUAACCACUGGGACUGACGGUUUGACAUAACAACACUACAUGGCAGCUAAGAAAAUGUUCAAGUAAACCAUGAAAUAGCAAGUCACAAACAAUAUGAAUAAUGUAUAUAAUAUAAAUCUGUAUUUCUUACACUUAAUUUAUUUAAUUUUUUUUUUUUGGUGGCAGGAGAAAAUAUGAUCCAGAUAUUUUUUUCUCUUAUGAAAUGUUUUCCAUAUUUGUAAAAAUAAUUCAGCAAAAAACAAAACAUACAUUUUUAAUUAAAACUUGUAUAUGGCUUGUAUUGCUCUAGGACCUUUUAAGCAGUUUCAUUAUAUACAGAUUUUUAAGUCCAUAAUUUUAACUUUUUAUAUAAUUAAAAAAAAAAGAGUUGAUCUUACUUUUGAACAUUUUGAAAUGUCAGAUUAUGUGUCCAGUCAUUUUUAAUAAAAGAGUAAAAGACAUCUUAAACCAGCUCUGUCAGGAUUUAUAAUAAAAUAUGAUUUCAAGCUUAUUCUGUGAGAGUAUACACAUACUUUUGUUGACCAGUGGUCUUAGGUUAUAAUUAUUUUUAAAUACUUUCUCUCUUCUCUCAUUUACUUCUUGUAAAGAGUAAUUUUUGUUGUUGUCACAUGACACUCAUUAGGUCGAUAGAGUCUUCCUCAUGUGACCUGAGUUGAUGCCACAGAGUAAUAGCUUCAGUAUGUGGGGGAGGGGGUUUUCUACAAAGUGAUUUUCUAUAGCCAGGAUUUUGUAGGCAUUUAUUUUUUUAAAAUUCUGUGGAUAACCUACAGAUGAAAAUUUUUAUACCAAAAAAAUAGGAAAUAAAAAUAAAUGAAAUAAACACUUUCAUUGGAAAAUAAGUUAAAUCACACUAAAAAGUAGAAAAUAAUUACUGUAUGCAAAGAGCAUCUACAACAUUAGAGCAAAACAUUUAACAUGAUUCCUUUGGCUUCAAUGAACCCCAUACUACCUUUCUGCACAUAAUUGCUUUGCAUAAUGAAUUUUAAGAAAAUUAUUUUCUACCUUGUUAUGAGCUUUACCAUACAGUUUAUUAUAACACAUCUUCAAAAGAACGCUUUUUUAAAAAGAUAUAUUUUCAGUCUUAAAUUUUCCAGGCAGCAGCAUUUCUAGACAAGUGAAGUUUAUAAUAAUUAAAUUAGUGUAGUUUAUCAUUUUGGUUGGCUCCUUUCCUCUUUAUUUGAAUCAAUUAACCUUUUAAUUUCAAAAAAGGAUUACAUAUUAGUUUCUUUCUUUUCUCUCAGUAUUACAUUUUUUCCCAGUGUAUGUCAAUUUCAAUGUUACUAAUCUGCUUACCUCAUUCGUAGAGUACCUUGCCCAGCUGGGUUAUUCUGCAAAUUUGCCAUGUAAAUAGAAACAAUUGAGAGGGUAGCCAUCCUGACAAACUUUAUCCAUCCUUCAGCUAAUGGCACUUGUCAUCUAGGAGAGAAGUUGUUAAUCCUAUUUAUUUGAUGUCUAUUUAUCUUUUAAAAAUGAUGACAAUAAAAUUGAAAAAAAGGAAUGGUCAAGACUUCUUCAAUCACUACUGAUUGCUGUAUUAACAUUUUUUUUAAAAAUAUGAAUACUUCCAACCAAAUAGUUUUAAA